AUGGUCAACAACAAGGGGAUUCAAUUCUCCAAGGCGAGGAAGGCGGGGAACAGCGUGAAGGUGUUCACCAAUACACCACCAGACUACCGUCAGCUAGUGACCCUUCUGGACUUCAUGAAGAGACCCUUCUUCACGUACCAGCUGAAGGAGGACAAGAUGGACCGGAGGGUAAUACGAGGACUGCCCAGGGAGAUGUCAACCGAAGACAUCAAAGAAGAUCUAGCGAACCAAGGUAUCACAGACGCCGAAGCUCAGCAGAUUAAGGCCAGGACCACCAAGAAGCCACUACCGCUCUUCCUCGUGAAGACGAAGAUGGCGGACAAGCUACAGAAGAUCCAGGGGCUGGCCAUGCUCACGGUCAGCUUCGAGAAGAAAAAGAAGUCGACCGAGCCCAGCCAAUGCUACCGCUGCCAGAGGUACGGGCACACUCAGCGAAACUGCCGUCUCGCUGAACGGUGCGUCAAGUGUGGAGAGGACCACAACAGCACCAGCUGCAGUCUGCCGACGCCGCCAACAGGGCAACGAAUUAAAAUGGCAGAAUCGAGCAGCAGUACUACGUUGAUACUGUUAAACAAAAUUAAUAAUUUAAGAUGUGCUUUUCGUAAAGAACUGAAAAAAGUGCGUAAAUCUAAGCGAUCCGGUGAAUCUUGCGAUAACAUUUAUGUACCUACGUUGUGGUAUUUUGAGCUGUUGAUGUUCACGGCGGACCAAGAGGAACCUCGAGUAUCAUUAUCAAACGAUAUUGAAAGUGACGAAGAAAAUCAAAUUCAGGAUGAAAAUGGUGCAAAACAGAUUGUUUAUAAUACUGAUAUGGAAGAUAGCAGUUCUUUAUUGCUCGAAAAUCCGGUUACACCAUCAACUGAGUCCUCAUCUCGAACUGCAAGCAGAUGUUCAACAGCUGAAUUACAAUCCCGAACUUAA